AUGGGGAAGCGCCUCGCGCUGGCCGCGCCUCGUUCCCGCCCUCACUUCCACUUCCGGCGGCCGAAGGGGGCGGACGUGCGGCGGCGGGAGCGGAGCCGACGUGUCGCAGCAGAGACCGGCGACAUGGAGCUGGAGGCGAUGAGCAGAUACACGAGCCCGGUGAACCCGGCCGUGUUCCCGCACCUCACCGUGGUGCUGCUGGCCAUCGGGAUGUUCUUCACCGCCUGGUUCUUCGUCUACGAGGUGACAUCCACCAAGUACACCCGCGACAUCUACAAGGAGCUGCUGAUCUCGCUGGUGGCCUCGCUCUUCAUGGGCUUCGGCGUCCUCUUCCUGCUGCUCUGGGUCGGGAUCUACGUCUGAUGGGGGACGCGGGGAAGCUCUUUUUAUAUUUCUUUUAUAUUUCAACGAGAAAACGCCUGUAGCAGGUGUGGUGUGCGACAGGCAGCGACCCACAGGUCAAUAAAGUGGCUCUGUGACACA